CCUGUAUCGAUCCUCCAAAAUACCUUCAGUUCCUGUAACACACAAGCAACAACAAUUCCCCAGACUCAGUUCUGGAACCAGCGCUCCCUUCCCAUUCAAUUCCGCAUCCAUUGCCCUCCUAUUCUUCCAUCUCGGUGCCGCAACUCUAGGGUUGUGCUUCUGGCUUUUGAUCGCAAAGCAAAACCGGCAACUUCUACCGUCGCAUCGGCGAGCCCGCACGCAUUCACCUAAAGACUUCUCCGCCGGCAAUGCGCUUGUAGAAAGGCGUAUUCUCUCUUUCUCCUAGAUCGCGAUCCUUCGCAUACGAUAUUCUGGGCCCUUUCGAGGCCCGCGUCAGAGGGAAUGCCCCCGGCGCUCAUCAGCCAUGCCUCCAUGUCGGGGAGCGCAUCAAACGAACCACGAGAGGUAACAGCUGAUGCGUUCCGGCUAGGGGCCAAGAUGCAGAAGGAGAGAGGUGAAGCAACGAUAUGCCCAACAGACGAUGAAGCGUCGGUACCGCGGUCCAAGAAGCAUUCGAGUUCGCAGAAGAAACGGAGUUUGGAUUACCUAUGGAGAUCGGGAGUAGCAGGGGGCUUGGCCGGAUGCGCGGCCAAAACCGUUGUCGCACCGCUUGAUCGGGUAAAGAUCCUAUUCCAGGCUCACAAUCCACACUUCGUCAAGUACGCGGGCUCGUGGUGGGGCUUUGGGGAGGCCAUAAAAGAAAUAUAUCGACAGGAUGGGGUUAUGGGUCUAUUUAGGGGGCAUUCAGCAACCCUCCUAAGGAUCUUUCCGUACGCCGGUAUCAAGUUUCUGGCCUACGAGCAAAUAAGGGCACUCGUCAUCACUCGGAAGGACCACGAAACCCCCCUACGGCGGCUUGUGAGCGGCUCGCUUGCGGGCGUCACGUCCGUCUUCUUCACCUACCCCCUCGAACUCAUACGAGUACGGCUAGCGUUCGAGACAAAACGGGAAGGCCGGUCAUCCCUCCGAUCCAUCAUCAGGCAGAUAUACAGCGAAAAUGCCCUCACAAUUCCCAAAAACGCGCCGACUUCAGCACACGCGCCCGCUCUGAUUCCGCGGACCGGGCUCGCCAACUUCUACCGCGGCUUCUCUCCCACCCUCCUCGGCAUGCUUCCCUACGCCGGUAUGUCCUUCCUCACACACGACACGGUUGGCGACAUCUUCCGGCACCCGAAGCUUGCACAAUGGACAACACUACCGCAACCAGAAAACGCGCCGGCCGGUAAGGCUGCCCCCCUGCGCUCAUGGGCGGAGCUUUCGGCCGGUGGUAUCGCGGGAUUGGUCUCGCAGACGGUGUCGUACCCCUUGGAGGUCAUCAGGCGGCGGAUGCAGGUCGGCGGAGCGGUCGGCGAUGGUCAUAGGUUGACCAUUGGCGAGACGGCCAAGCUGAUCAUGCGGGAACGGGGGGUCCGCGGCUUCUUUGUCGGCUUGACUAUUGGGUAUGCGAAGGUAGUUCCCAUGGUGGCUACGAGCUUUUACACCUAUGAAAGGUUAAAGACAUUUUUUGGCAUCUAGAAAGCUCUCUCACUUUUCUCCUCUGCUUACU